AUGUCACCGCAAGCUAUCAUUGAAGCCAUGCGUACCGGUACUGUUCCCGCGCAUCUCCAGCUUCAGCUCCGACAGCUUGAUACAAUGCGUGUGCUCCCACCAGAAAGCUUGCCACCACCCGCGAGCACGACAGUGCCCACCCGCGCAAGCAAGCAGAUAGUAUCGCAGGAUGUCCGACCCCAAGAUGCUGCUGCUGCUGCUGCUGCUGCUGCUGCUGCUGCUGCUGCUCGCAGCGACCUCGUCCGCCUCGUCGAAAGCAGCGAUCCGGUCAAGCUGCGUCAGCUCUUGCAGCAAUCCAAACCCUCUGCCAGUGAGCUGGCGGAAGCACUCCAUGUUAGUGUGACGCUAGGGAAACUGUCCUCUCCGCACGAGCAAGAACAGCUGAUUGAAAUCUUGCUCGCGCAUGGAGCGCCGGCCAACACCGUGGUCGCGAACAAGGGCGCUGCGUUGCAUUGCGCCACCACCAUGAAUGCGGUUCGCGCUGUGCUCAACGCACCGAAAAUCGAUGUCAACUUGGCCGUUUCCAUCGGCGGCCGUCCGACCACCCCGCUCCUCGCCAUGGUCGCUGCUCGGCGGCUUGAAUGUGCACAGACCUUGUUGAUGCAAACCAAGCAUGCAGUCAACGUGCAAUCAGGCCACAUUCUGCAUGCCGUGUGUCGGAGUAGCAGCCCCGACAUGCUACGCGCUGUCCUGAGCUCGUCGCAUUUUCUGAAGCACUCCAAAGAGGUGCUGAAUCAACCCGCGGCCGAAACUGGAGAUACACCCCUUCAUGUUGUUGUGCAACAUCUUCCACGAGCACCUGCUGCCAGCUUGGAAAUGCUGGAAGCGCUCUUGGAUGCCGGUGCUCAUGUGGACCCGGUCAAUUUCGCGCGCCGCACCCCACUGUGCGAGACCAUGCUUCUGUACAAGGUCACAACCAAGCUAGCUCCUGCACACGCUGCCAUCCGACUGUUGAUUCAGCAUGGAGCAGACGAGCAAGUGCAACUGGGCCUGCGAAAGACACCAAUGGUUUUGUGUCGCGAUCGAGCGACGCUUGCUGUUGUUGCCAGCGAGGUGGCUGCUCGCACGACGCGCCCGUUCUCUCGUAUGCAAGCUCGCUCUUCUCUGCAGUCUUUUUCUCGCGCGCCUCCAUCAGCUCUCCAACAACCGGGUCGCGUCCCAUCGCCUUUUGCCUCGGGUGUGGGUGCGCAGACACGUGCACCCAUUCGUCGAUUUCAUCAUGCAAGUUUCCCGUCGACCCGAAUCUCUGUGCCGCGUGGCGUAGUCGUCCCGCUUCCGAAUCUGACUCUCCCAGCUGCUUCCAGUCUUGUUGCCAUGUCGCUCCGACUCGUGCGCUGCAAGCUGACCCCGCUCUAG